UACUGAAGCAAAGAUCAACUGUUAAUGGUGUCUGAAAAUAAGAAGCUGCAAAAAGGUCUACACUUCAAGACAUUUCUUGUGUCAAUUUUGGACAUUCUACAAAUGUGUUCAUUAAUUUUAUUUUUGUAGGAAGUUUCAUUUCACAAUGCGGUUUCUAAAUUGUGCUUGGCUGCUAGUUAUAGCGGUCGUCACAAGUGGCAUACAUAAAACGGAAGCUGCGGGGUGCAGUGGUUGUGGAAAAUGUGACUGCAGUGGAGUGAAAGGACAAAAGGGUGAGACUGGCUUUCCAGGGUUGCAAGGUCCAAUGGGAUUUCCUGGAGUGCAAGGCCCUGAGGGGCCACAUGGACCAAUGGGCUCCAGCGGUGACGUUGGAGCCCCGGGACUCGCUGGGCUGAAAGGAAUCAGAGGCCCUGCAGGAAUACCUGGAUUUCCAGGAACCCCAGGCAUACCAGGUAUCCCUGGUCAAGAUGGUCCUCCAGGUUCACCAGGAAUCCCAGGAUGCAACGGUACAAAGGGUGACAGGGGCUUCGAUGGCAAACCCGGAAUGCCAGGAUUCUCAGGCAGUCCAGGUACCCCUGGGGUAGGAGGACAGAAGGGGGAGCCCGGUGAAAUAAAUGGCAUUUUUCUACACAAAGGUGAAAAAGGAAAUCCAGGAUACCCAGGUAAUCAGGGUGCAUCCGGAGCACCAGGACUUACAGGUCCAUUUGGCCCACCUGGACUGCAAGGACCCAAGGGUAAUCAAGGUCUAGCUGGCCCCAAAGGUGAGAAGGGUGACAGAUUGACUUUCCAAGGCCAAAAGGGAGACAAAGGUGAACCAGGCCCAAGAGGCACUCCUGGCAUACCCUCAGAGGUUUCCGGGCCUACACAAGUAACCGUAAUACCAGGAACUAAGGGUGACCAGGGUGAGGUCGGUCCCAAAGGUGAACCAGGUAUUUGCCUUGGAGGCGUGAAAGGUGAACCUGGAAAACCUGGCCCCAGAGGUAAACCAGGGAAAGAUGGAGAGCAUGGAGUACCAGGAAGCCCUGGUACUCCAGGUGCUUCAGGUAUCCCAGGCUUAAGAGGACAGGAUGGUGAGAAGGGGGAUAAAGGUGAAAUUGGGCUUCAAGGUCCACCAGGAACUGUGGUUAAAACGACUGGUGAAGUUAUUGUAUAUGGGGAAAAAGGUGAAUAUGGACCACCGGGCUUCCCAGGGCUACAGGGGGAAAAAGGGGAGCAAGGUUUUCCUGGUGUACAAGGACCCUCUGGCCCCCCAGGUCUAAGUCUCCCGGGACCCACUGGUCCAGCUGGGUUUCCAGGGGAGUCUGGUCAGAAGGGAGACCAAGGAAAUCCUGGAUUGUCUCUGUCUGGAGAAAAGGGGCAAGACGGAGCACAAGGACCACCCGGACCACCAGGCCCACCUGGAUCCUUAGAUGAAAAAUGUAAGGAUCCAGAAUGCCCCCCUGGUCCACCUGGAUUUCCAGGAGAGAUGGGUCAAAAAGGUGACAGAGGAGAUUCCUGUUUCCACUGCGAGUCGUUUGGUCCUCCUGGACUUCCCGGCCCACAAGGACCAGCAGGGCAACAAGGUUAUCCAGGGCGAACUGGUACUAAGGGUGAAAAAGGUUCUCAAGGAAGUCCUGGUCUUGAAGGUGCCGCUGGUGUUCCUGGUACUCCUGGCUUGUAUGGCUCCCCUGGUGCAAAAGGGGCACCAGGAGAUGUUAUCUUUGGACCAAAUCUAAAAGGAGACAAGGGUCAGGCAGGGAUCUCUGGUCCUACUGGGACUCCAGGUUUUGAUGGGGCACCAGGAAGGGAUGGUCUACCCGGGAGCCCAGGCCCAAAAGGCGAGCCAGCCACCAUUGGUUUCAAAGGGGAUCGUGGUCCAGCUGGAGACCCUGGUUUCCCAGGAACUCAAGGAGAAAGGGGUCCUCCAGGGCCCCCGGGGUUUGGUUCUCCUGGUUUACCUGGAGAGAAAGGAAACCAGGGAGUCCCGGGGCAUUCGGGAUUGCCUGGCUCUCCUGGAAUUAAAGGUGAACCUGGCAAAAGCAUGGUUAAAACUGGACCACAAGGCCCACCUGGAAUUUCCGGAAUACCAGGGCAGCCAGGCUCCCAAGGUGAUAUGGGCCCUCAGGGAAUCCCUGGCAUCCCUGGAUUUCAAGGAGAAAAAGGUGACCAGGGUCAGCCAGGAGUGGGCUUUCCAGGGCCACCUGGAGCCAAAGGACACCCAGGGUUGCCAGGGACAGUGGGGCAGCCUGGUUCUCCCGGGCUUGACGGGAAAGAAGGUGGAUCAGGACGCCCUGGCCCACCUGGGCAGAAGGGUGAACCUGGGAUUGGUCUUCCCGGGCCCAAAGGAUCUCCAGGCCCUCAAGGUGUUGAGGGAUUCCCGGGAGGGAAAGGAAACCCAGGGCUUCCUGGCAUUCCUGGAGCUGAAGGUCACACAGGCCCGCCUGGUCCUCCAGGCUUAAAAGGUAACCAGGGGCCUCCAGGUUUACAAGGUGUCAGAGGCCCCCCUGGUGAACCAGGAGUUGGUGAUCCUGGCCUACCUGGGCCCCAGGGCCCACCAGGUCCACCCGGCCCUCUAGGAUCACAUGGGUUAAAGGGUGAAAAAGGCUACCCAGGCUUCCCUGGACUGGACAUGCCAGGGCCCCAAGGAGAGACAGGCCCCCCGGGUUCCACUGGCAUUCCAGGAAUAGUUGGGUUUCCAGGACAACCUGGCCCAGCAGGGAGAGAAGGACUCUCAGGGACUCCAGGUCCUAAAGGAGAGAUGGGAGUGAUGGGCACACCGGGUAUAUCUGGAAGCCCUGGUUUCCAAGGUAACCCAGGUUUGCCUGGCUCAAGAGGUGAUCCAGGUUCCAUUGGCCCGACUGGACAUCAAGGUGAAACAGGAGCUAAAGGAGAAGCAGGGGACCAAGGGAUAAAGGGCCCUCCAGGGACCAUGUCCAAGGAAGAAAUACAGCAAAUGAGAGGACCGAAGGGAGAGAAAGGAUUCACAGGUGUUGCAGGAAAAGCUGGCGUGAAAGGGUAUCAGGGAACCCCAGGUAGCCCAGGAAUGCCAGGAAAGGAUGGAGAGCCAGGACUGCCUGGGCAACCAGGACUUAAAGGUGACCCAGGUUCUACUGGACUCCCUGGUCAUGAGGGUUUACCAGGACAGAAAGGAUCCAUUGGUCAGAUGGGCUUACCGGGUUCAGAAGGAGAAAAAGGUACUAAAGGUGUGGUGGGUUCACCUGGCUUGAAGGGCUACUCUGGAAUGCCUGGUGAAAAGGGUCUAAGGGGCGAUCCUGGAGAACCAGGUAUCGGAAAGCCAGGAGCUGAAGGUGAAAAGGGUCAGCCAGGCCCACCAGGCUUCCCGGGUAUCUCAGGUGAUAAAGGUGUGAAGGGAGUACAAGGCAUGCCAGGAAUGCUGGGUGCACCAGGUCCUAAAGGAGACGUUGGAUCACCAGGGUAUCCAGGCAGUCCAGGAUUUCCAGGACAGAAAGGAAUUGAUGGAUUAUCUGGCACUCCAGGGCAACCAGGACUUCAAGGAAGGCCAGGCGAGCCAGGCCUUCAGGGGCCUCCCGGCCCGGCAGGAACUAAAGGUGACCCUGGACUGGAUGGAAUUCCUGGCCUGUCUGGAGAGAAGGGUGACCAAGGUUCAUCAGGUAGAGGUUUUCCAGGACGUCCCGGUGUUCUUGGAGAGAAAGGUAACAAAGGAGACGCAGGCUUACCUGGUCUCCCAGGUAGUCCUGGAAUCCCAGGUGUUAAAGGAGAUCAAGGGCAGCCAGGUUAUCCAGGGCAGCAAGGCCCGUCUGGUUUCCAGGGUCCACCUGGGGAAGCGAUGGAAGGUCCAAAAGGUGAAAGCGGACAACCAGGAUUGCCCGGACCUUCAGGUUCACCUGGACCCCAAGGGCCACCUGGAAUUCCAGGAAAUAUUGGAGGCAAAGGGGAAAAAGGAACCCAUGGCUUACCUGGGCUGCCUGGACUUCAGGGACUCAAGGGAGAGCGAGGAGUGCCUGGAAUUCCUGGAAAUGCUGGACUUCCUGGUCUCAAUGGACAGAAGGGUGAAAUGGGGGCUCAGGGAGUGCCAGGGUUUCCAGGAAUGAAAGGUGCUACCGGACAUUUAGGUUACAAAGGAGAAACUGGUGAACGAGGUUUUUCUGGUUCUAAGGGUAUCGAUGGCCCUCCUGGUCCACCAGGACCUACAAUUUCAGUUAAAGGAGACCGAGGCUUACCUGGUCCUCAAGGUCCACAAGGACUCCCUGGUCAAUUAGGAUAUCCAGGACCCAAGGGACAACAAGGUGUGAGCGGAAUUAUAGGUUUGCCAGGGCAGGAUGGAAUUCCUGGGUUUGAUGGUAGGCCCGGACAGAAAGGAGAACAUGGACCGGUCGGCCCUCCAGGCCCAAGAGGAUAUCCAGGCUCACCAGGCCCUGAUGGCUUGCCAGGACCAGCAGGGAUACCAGGACCAUCAUCCAUAGCUCAUGGCUUCCUUGUUACAAGACACAGCCAGAUGGUAGAGGUGCCUUCAUGUCCAGUAGGAACAACGAAAAUCUACGAUGGCUAUUCUCUCUUAUAUGUGCAAGGCAAUGAAAGGGCACAUGGCCAAGACUUAGGUACUGCUGGAAGCUGCCUUCGCAAGUUUAGUCCCAUGCCAUUUUUGUUCUGUAACAUUAACAAUGUCUGCAACUUUGCAUCAAGAAAUGACUAUUCCUAUUGGCUGUCUUCCCCUGAACCAAUGCCAAUGAAUAUGGCUCCCAUUACUGGUGAAAGUAUCAGGCCUUUUAUUAGCAGAUGCUCAGUUUGUGAAGCACCAGCCAUGGUAAUUGCAGUCCACAGCCAGACAAUCCAGAUCCCGCAAUGUCCCAGUGGAUGGGAAUCCCUGUGGAUUGGCUAUUCUUUCGUCAUGCACACUAGUGCAGGCGCAGAGGGCUCUGGCCAGGCCCUGGCCUCUCCUGGCUCCUGUCUGGAAGAGUUCCGCAGCGCUCCCUUCAUUGAGUGCCACGGUCGUGGAACCUGCAACUACUAUGCCAAUGCCUACAGUUUUUGGCUAGCUACUAUUGAGAACGGUGAACUGUUCAAGAAACCUGUCUCUGCUACACUUAAGGCAGGAGAUCUACGGAGCCACAUCAGUCGUUGUCACGUCUGUAUGAAGAAGACAUAAUAGUCUUCUCUGGGACUUUUUAUAAACUAUGGUGCUAUUGCCUUAAGAAAAGUGAGGCGUAAACCAAAAAAAACAGUAUCCUGUGUACCUCACAAGAACAGAUUUAAUACAAGAACCAGUACCAGAGUGCAUAACAAGGGGAGAACAAGACAUGAGAGAGCCUUCUGCCUCACUGGCACUUUGCUGUCUGAGAAAGUACAUUCAGUAUCUUAGAUUUCCCAAAUGGCACUUUGUUUAUUACUGCACUGAUUUAUAUUACUUAAGCAAGUGUCCAUUUAAAUUAAAAAAUUCUUGAGUAUGGUGCUACAAUGUAUACAAAGCUUUCUGUACUAAUGUUAGGGAUGAGGGUGGCAGGUUACAAGGGCUUUCAUUGAAAAAUCAAGAUCAAUUUGAUGCAGUUUAAAGCCAAGAAUACCCAGUUUGAUUUGGUAUGCACAAUCUUUACCCAUCACACUAUUAAAAAACUUGCAGUAUAAAUAUGGCACAUACGGCAGAUAAUAUUCUAUGUUUUCAAAGUGUUUACCCCAGUUUUUAAUUAACAUUUUUUUAAAGGACGCUAAAACCAAAUAAGUUUUCAUGUUUUUUGCUUCUUAGUUUUGUAACAUUAACAUAGAAUUCUCUAUGUUCAGAAAAGUGUUAAUUAAAGCCUUGAGUAAAUGCAUUGCAAUAUUGUCCUCUGUAUAAUAAAAAUAGGUAUGAUAGCUAAAUUAUUUUAUUUACACAAUCAUUAACUUUUUUUUACUAAAUGUUUUUCAAAUACAAUACAGUACUAAUACAAUAAAAGAUUAUGUAAUUCAACUAUAGAAUACUGUAUAUUCAGAUGGCUUCUAAGAUUACAUAUUUUAGAACACAUGUUAUUCACCUAGCAGUGCAGUAGAUAUAUAUUAUUUUUUCACAAGAGUUCCUGCUACUUUUAAAAAGUACUUUUGAGGUUUUAUCCAGCAAGUGGGUUAACAGAUUGUGAUAUUUUAAACAGCUUUUCAUGAAACACAAUUUUGACAUUUUGUAUCUUCUCAUGAUUACUCAGUUACAAGUAAGUAUAUACUUUUUGCACCCCAAUUCUUGAAUUUGAUAUUUCUGUAUUUAAUAUUGUUCAGGGUUUUUAUAUAUGCUACAUCCCAUAUGCUACACACACUCACACACAACAUGAAUUACUUGACUAUGCAAGCUAAUUAUUAUCUACUGUGUUUUUUUUUUCUUUUUUUUUUCUUUUAGUAUGUCAACUGGUACAGUUAGAUUAUUAUUAUUUAACCCUUUAUAUCCUGGGGUGUCCAGGGACACCUGUGUUUUUGUUCUAUAAUGACAACUGGUGGCUGUGUCCUUUUCUACAGAAGCAAAGAUGUUAUUCCUUAAUAAGGGAAAACAAAGUAAAGAAAGACUCUCUAAGAUGGUUGCUUAGUGACCCUCCAGGAUAUGAAGGGUUUCUGAAGUGACUGACUUGGAAGAGGUACUGAAACCACAAUGCCUUUUUACUAUACUCUCCAACACACACAAAGUACAUUUAGAAUACUGAACUACAAUUAGUUUUAAAUGUGUGUAUAUUUACUAUCAUUCAAAAAUGGGCUUUAAAAAAAAUAAUUGGAUUGACUUUCGGGUGAAUCCAGCAUGGGCUAUCAUAAGGAACUCUGAAGUACAGUUUUAAUGAUUUCAUAUACUGUAUUGAAAAUGUUGGAUUGACUUUCGGGUGAAUCCAGCAUGGGCUAUCAUAAGGAACUCUGAAGUACAGUUUUAAUGAUUUCAUAUACUGUAUUGAAAAUGUUAUGAAAUGUUAAAUACCGGAAAUGAAAAACCCUCCCACAGCAAUUGUUUACGGUAUAGGCAAGCACAACAAUAAUCUAUUACAUGAGGUUCCCAGGAUCUAUUAUAAAAUUUAGGAUUAUAAAAUAAAUCAGACAUUUUCAAUGGGAACCAAGCAAUGCUGUAAAUCACUAAAACCUCUGAGCAACAUCAUGUGAACCUCCAGACCUCCAAAAAAGAGUCACUGAAAGGAUUUUUCACAUGGGGAUCUAAAGCCUAACAAAAAUUGUUUUUUACACCUGCUUGUAUUUCAGCACAACAACCCAUGCAUUCUUUAAUGUUUAUAAUAAAAUAAUUUGUAUGAAAUGUA